UAAAAGUUCUCAAAUAACAACUACAUGAAACGCUACAAUACAGUUCGUUUUCCGUCUCUCUCUCUCUUCUUUUUUGUUGAUUACUAUUAAAAGCGACAAUGCUACUUCAUCCGUCCUUCUCAAAUAUCAUGUGUUACAACGUGACGAGCGCAAUAAAUCGCAAUAUUGGAUUUCUUACGCUACUGCGGUAUCAGCAGAAAUCAUGGUAGAACGUCCAGGGAUUAGCGUAUACCAACGUAUAAAAAUAAAAAAAGAAGCGAGCAUAUGUACUCGUUCGUCCGGCUAAAACCGGUCAGUGGAUACGCGUCUCUUCUCGCGCUUCUUCGCGUCCUUGUUCCGUUAGUUAAGCGAGUUUUGUGCGGUAUCUGCCUUUCGACCGGGUCAACGCGAUACUCCGUUUCAUCUCGUUCUCGUCCGCGAACUUGUCGUGGCGAUGCACAUCGACGAGAGAGAAAGAUCCGUUCUCGUGGCGCAGGAGAAGCCGCUCCUGCAGCAAGACGCGGUGCCAUCGCAAAACGGUCUGAAAUCAAACGAUCUCGGCUCCUGGACAGGAUCGUACGAGGAGUUUAUUUCCACUUGGACAUUACGGGACGUUCGCAAACCGCGUAAAUCCGGCAACGAGAUGAAUUACAAGGGCAGCGGGAAGGUCCACUUCGGGGUGGACGACGUGUCCCUCUAUGGGACGCCGAAGGAGGAACUGGGCCCGGGUCUCCCGGGCCAGGAGGUCAAGCAGAGCUUCCUGAAGAAUCAGCUUCAGGCCCUGUUCCAGCCGACGGACAACAAGUUGGCCAUGAAGCUCUUCGGCAGCAAGAAGGCGCUUAUGAAGGAACGGAUCAGACAAAAAGCCGCAGGUCACUGGGUCAUCCAUCCUUGCUCCAGUUUUCGAUUCUAUUGGGACCUCUGCAUGCUCCUCCUACUGGUAGCUAAUCUGAUAAUUCUGCCAGUCGCCAUUAGUUUUUUCAAUGACGACCUAAGCACUAGGUGGAUAGCCUUCAACUGCCUUUCCGACACGAUAUUCCUUAUAGACAUCGUCGUCAACUUCAGGACGGGUAUCAUGCAGCAGGAUAAUGCCGAACAGGUGAUACUGGAUCCGAAAUUAAUCGCGAAACACUACCUCAGGACUUGGUUCUUUCUCGACCUCAUCUCCUCCAUACCACUAGACUACAUUUUCCUCAUAUUUAAUCAAUUUCAGGACUUCAGCGAGUCCUUCCAGAUCCUGCAUGCUGGACGUGCUCUCAGGAUUCUCAGGCUUGCAAAACUAUUGUCACUCGUUAGGUUACUACGUUUGUCAAGACUGGUGCGGUAUGUCUCGCAAUGGGAAGAGGUCUAUAUAUUGCAGAACCUACAAAAAAAACGCACUGAGCGGAGGGGGCGCCUAAGUUCUGACAAUAUGACUAAAAAGAAGUCCGGUUUCAGCAAAAGCGACCUUAUUUUUAAGUUCCUGAAUAUGGCGUCGGUGUUCAUGCGGAUUUUUAACCUGAUCUGUAUGAUGCUUUUAAUCGGCCAUUGGAGUGGCUGCCUGCAAUUCCUGGUCCCCAUGCUUCAAGGAUUUCCCAGUAAUUCAUGGGUGGCCAUUAAUGAGUUACAAGACUCGUUUUGGCUGGAACAAUACUCGUGGGCCCUCUUUAAAGCCAUGUCGCACAUGCUGUGUAUCGGGUACGGUAGGUUUCCACCACAGUCCUUGACCGACAUGUGGCUCACCAUGCUCAGCAUGAUCAGCGGUGCGACGUGCUACGCUCUUUUCCUCGGACACGCGACGAACCUCAUUCAAUCUCUCGAUUCCUCGAGAAGACAAUACCGCGAGAAGGUGAAACAAGUAGAGGAAUACAUGGCCUAUCGAAAACUACCAAGAGAAAUGAGACAGAGGAUCACGGAGUACUUCGAACACCGGUAUCAAGGAAAGUUCUUCGACGAGGAACUGAUCCUUGGAGAGCUCUCGGAAAAACUAAGAGAAGAUGUGAUAAACUACAACUGCAGGUCGCUGGUGGCGUCCGUGCCCUUCUUCGCCAACGCCGAUUCGAAUUUCGUCUCGGAUGUCGUGACGAAACUCAGAUACGAAGUCUUCCAGCCAGGUGAUAUCAUCAUUAAGGAGGGUACAAUCGGCUCGAAAAUGUACUUCAUACAAGAAGGCAUAGUCGACAUCGUGAUGGCGAACGGCGAGGUCGCGACCUCGUUGUCGGACGGGUCUUACUUCGGCGAAAUCUGUCUGCUGACGAACGCGAGGAGGGUGGCGUCAGUCCGAGCGGAGACCUACUGCAAUCUCUUCAGCCUCUCGGUGGAUCAUUUCAACGCCGUACUGGACCAGUAUCCCCUAAUGCGCAGAACAAUGGAGAGCGUUGCCGCCGAGAGGUAUAAGCUUUGGUUAGGUUUGUUCUAUCGAGUUGGUGUGCUAAUAGAUGUCAAUCAUCAUCUCCCACUCCCAUCUACUUUAUUUGAGCAUUUCGUACUGUCCGACGGAACGGAGAUCAGUCAUUUGCUGCCUGUCGAAAUCAUGUCGCUCUCGCCUCAACAUACCGAUAUUCUCGUAUGUGUUGUUAGAAACUCGAAACGCUUGUUUUACACAUACAUACAUACACACAUACGUCAAACAAGAUUUUUUCGCGGAGAGAAAAAUGAAAAGAUGAAGGGCGAUAUUGUCGGCCAUGUUGAUUUUCCUUGUGAACGAAAAACAGUUGGAGAGUUGGGAAGAAUUUGAGAGAAAUUGAUUAUGAUGAAAGCGCACUAACUUACGAUACUUAUAAUGAGUUGAGAGAGUUAAAUCUGCUCGAAAUAUCUUUGACGCAAAGAUAUAACCGGAAUUUUACGUCCAUAUGAGAAUAAAUAUCCGAUGUAGUGGUGCAUACCUCAUGAAAUCGGAUAUUGACCGAUUGAACGAAUUAAGAAAUCGUACAACAAAAGUUUUACACUCUCGACACAUUCAUUACAUAAUAAUGUUCUAUUUAUAAUUUGGCAUAACAUAUUUUAUAAAUUAAUUUGAAAAUAUUAU